CCGCGCAAGCGAGCUGAAACCACGCCCUUGUAUAAAACGCAAGUUCACAGUCAUGGGGACGUAAUGUGGUAAUUGCCUCGACAUGAGAACCAUCGUUGUGGUCGCUGUGAUCUUUGCGCUGGUGGCGGUCUGCUCGAUGUAUGCAGAUGGGUACCAAAUCGCAAUUCCGGAUACUGAAUUACUAAAUGCCGCACCAUUGAGCACAUUAUUCCGCGAAAAGCGGCAAGUUGAAUCCUUCGACGACGAGGACCUGAGUGCGGCGCAGCAAGAAGAGCCCGAGGAGCCCGGCUUCUGGGACCGAGUGGUCAAGAUAGCUGUCAAGCUGUUCGCGCGAUUUGUGGAGUGGCUCAACUCUUAAAACCUCUUUAACUUUCUGUUAUAGCGCGUCCGAUUCGCGCAUUGCGUACUAUGUAAUGCACUCGAGCAGUUACACAAUAUACAUGUAGACAGGAGGUAAGUACCUGCGUCAAAGAAGGCCCGAUUCCAAAGCAUGCCUUCUUUCAAAUUUCAUAACUUUUCGAAGUGUGAAUGGAUUUCAAUUAACAAUGGUCCUUUUUUGGUGCAGGUAUCUUAUUCGCGGUGCGUUCGCCUAAUCUGAACGUACCUUGUUUUCAUUAUAGAUACUCUCAGUGGCGGAUUUGCAGUCUUUGCCGCCCUAGGCUCCAGGCCCUGUAGCCGCCCCUUUCAAGGCACCCAUAAUAUUGACUACAUUUUGAGUUAUUUCUUGUUACCAUCAUCAAAUUGUUUGUCACAAUUUGCCACCCCUAAAUAUCUUGCCGCCCUAGGCCCGGGCCUACUGUGCCUUAGGGCAAAUCCGCCACUGGAUACUGUCAAGGAAUAUAAUUGCUAAGCCAUUGAGGAUUUGACUAACAUAAUUUUGGAACAUUUUAGACUAAGUAUAUAAAAAAAAUUUAGCUUAAGCCAUAAAUGGCUUAGCAAUUUAAGUCUGUACCUAACUGUAGAAAGCUCAAACAAUUGAACUAUUUUUGUACAAAUAUCAAACUUUAAGUAGACACCCCAUUUGGUCUCAAUGCUUAUAAUAAAUAAAAAUAAAAUAAAAUAAAAUAAAAUAGCCUUUUAAUGCUUAUAAUAGUCACCAAAUAAUGUUAAACUUAUUAUUCCAUGUCUAUGUAUAUAUGUGUAAGGUUAUGGGGUUUUAUGCCUCAAAAUGUUAAAGCCAUAAUGGAAUAAAAACAUUUAAAUUAAUAAAACAUUUUUAUUA